AUGCUGUCAUCCCGUCUCUCCCGCGCGAUUCCGCGCACUGCCUAUGUUGCUCGUGCUCCUGCUUUCAGAGUUCCUGGCUCGUCUUUCCGGAGAUGGAACUCCACGGAAGGAGAGAAGGUCAAGGGCCAUGUCAUCGGUAUCGAUCUGGGAACUACCAACUCUGCCGUCGCUGUAAUGGAAGGCAAGACUCCCAGGAUCAUUGAAAACGCUGAAGGUGCUCGAACGACCCCAUCUGUGGUCGCCUUCGCCCAGGAUGGCGAGAGGUUGGUUGGUAUCGCCGCUAAGCGUCAAGCGGUUGUGAACCCGGAGAACACCCUGUAUGCCACCAAGCGUUUGAUCGGUCGGAAAUUCACCGACCCCGAAUGCCAGCGUGACAUUAAGGAGGUUCCUUACAAGAUCGUCCAGCACACCAACGGUGAUGCGUGGGUGGAGGCUCGCGGUCAGAAGUACUCGCCGUCGCAGAUCGGUGGCUUCAUCCUGCAGAAGAUGAAGGAGACCGCUGAGUCAUACCUCGGCAAGCCGGUCAAGAACGGUGUCGUGACCGUCCCUGCCUACUUCAACGACUCCCAGCGUCAGGCCACCAAGGAUGCUGGUCAGAUCGCUGGUCUCAACGUCCUGCGUGUCGUCAACGAGCCUACCGCUGCCGCUCUGGCUUACGGUCUUGAGAAGGAGAAUGACCGUGUGAUCGCCGUGUACGACCUUGGUGGUGGUACUUUCGAUAUCUCUAUCCUGGAGAUCCAGAAGGGAGUGUUCGAGGUCAAGUCUACCAACGGUGACACCCACCUGGGUGGUGAGGACUUCGAUAUCAGCCUCGUCCGCCACAUCGUUCAGCAGUUCAAGAAGGACUCUGGCAUUGACCUGACGAACGACCGCAUGGCCAUCCAGCGUAUUCGUGAGGCAGCUGAGAAGGCCAAGAUUGAGCUGUCGUCUUCUCUCCAGACUGAGAUCAACCUGCCCUUCAUCACUGCUGACGCCUCUGGCGCCAAGCACAUCAACCUCAAGAUAACUCGUGCUCAGCUUGAGGGUCUUGUUGAGCCUCUCAUCAGCCGCACCUACGAGCCUGUGCGCAAGGCCUUGAAGGACGCCAACCUUCAGGCCAAGGACAUCAACGAGGUCAUCCUUGUCGGUGGUAUGACCCGCAUGCCCAAGGUUUCCGAGACCGUCAAGGAACUCUUCGGUCGUGAGCCUGCCAAGUCUGUCAACCCUGAUGAGGCUGUCGCCAUCGGUGCCGCCAUUCAGGGUGCCGUGCUUGCUGGUGAGGUUACGGACGUUCUUCUGCUGGAUGUUACCCCUCUGUCUCUCGGUAUUGAGACCCUGGGUGGUGUCUUCACCCGUCUGAUCAACCGAAACACUACUAUUCCUACCAAGAAGUCCCAGAUCUUCUCGACGGCCGCCGACUUCCAGACUGCUGUCGAGAUCAAGGUCUACCAGGGUGAGCGUGAGCUCGUGAAGGACAACAAGCUGCUUGGAAACUUCCAGCUUGUCGGUAUCCCUCCGGCCCACCGUGGUGUUCCCCAGAUCGAGGUCACCUUCGACAUUGACGCCGACUCGAUUGUGCACGUGCACGCCAAGGACAAGUCCACCGGCAAGGACCAGUCCAUCACCAUUGCCUCUGGCUCUGGUCUCACCGAAGCCGAGAUCCAGGCCAUGGUUGAGGACGCCGAGAAGUACGGCGCCCAGGACCGUGAGCGCAAGGCUGCCAUCGAGGCUGCUAACCGUGCCGACUCCGUCCUGAACGACACGGAGAAGGCCCUCAAGGAGUUCGAGGACCGUCUCGACAAGGCGGAGGCUGACCAGAUCCGGGAGAAGAUCGCCAGCCUUCGGGAGUUCGUUGCCAAGAACCAGUCUGGCGAGGGCACCGCCACGGCCGAGGAGCUCAAGCAGAAGACCGAUGAGCUCCAGACGGCUAGCUUGACGCUGUUCGACAAGAUGCACAAGGCUCGUCAGGAGGAGUCCCAGCAGCAGUCUUCUCAGCCGGGUGAGGGUGAGAAGAAGGAGUAA